AUCUAUUGGCUUGUGAUAUAAGCACAGGCCUAGUGCUUUUAGUGGCGAGUGUUAAAUCAUUAAGAUGUUGUGGAAGGUGGCAUUCGUGAUCGCUCUUGCCGUUGGUCAGGUACCAGCUAGGCCAGAUACAAUUGAAAAUGUAGAACCUACCUUUCUAGAAAAUGUCCAGAGUGAUAGCGACUCACGUAUUGUGUCUGGAUGGGACGCGGUGCCUGGUCAGUUCCCGCACCACGUGGCGGUGCGCAUGAUAAACCCCAAUGGUGCCUCGCUGUGUUGCUGCGGUGGCUCCCUGGUCGCCAAGAGCUGGGUGAUCUCCGCUGCCCACUGUACAGCUGGACGUGCAAGACUCCAGAUCCACGGUGGCGUGAUCGAUGUAAACAACCCAGAAUUUACCUCUGAGUCCACAGAGUGGUUUAACUACCCAACUUUCAUAGACGAGUUGCCCAACAUUGUACAACCUAAUGAUAUUUCCUUGGUAAAACUGAAGGACUCGGUUAGGUAUACCAGGCUCACCCAACCAAUUCGUAUACAGCCUCGUGCGGAAGUAAACCGUAAUUACGAAAAUCUAGUGUUAAUUGCUAGCGGACAUGGAGCCACUUGGACUGGAAGCGCUAUAUCCCAAAAAUUGCAAUGGGUUUACCUAUUUGGUGUAUCGAACGAAGCGUGUGGAAGAAACUUCGGAACUGCACUUAUCACCAACAACGCUAUCUGCGCCAGAUACUUCAAUGUCACUAGCCAAUCCACUUGCCAGGGAGAUAGCGGUGGCCCACUCAUCCACGUCGAAAACGGCGUACCUACCCUUGUGGGUAUAGCUUCCUUUGUUGCUGGUGGAACCUUUGGCUGUCACUCUGGAUUACCAGCUGGAUUCAUCCGCCCUGGACCAUUCCAUGACUGGUUGACUCAAAUCUCAGGACUUGACUUCGAGAACUUAAAUGAAGAUGAUGAGGAAGCGCUGCCGACUGUACCACCCACGAUCACUACCGAGGUUCCUCCCACCGAUCCGCCCACAACUACCACUGAAGCGCCCACAACUACUACUGAACCGCCCACCGAACCUGAUACUGAAGAACCUGAAAAGGAGGAGGAGUCAAAUGAAGAAUCAAAUGAAGACUCUGAUGACAGCAGUGACUCUUCCGAAGAAGACGAAGAUGACCCAGAGCUGAAGGACUUGCUUAAGAAACUGGAAGUGCUUGUCAAGGUCAAAGUCAAGAUGAGCAAGCAUGGAAAUAAGCAUAAACAUGUUAUUCAUCACAAUAAAACAAUAACGGACCAUCACUAAAAUUAAAUGACUGAUGAGAAAAUCACUGAAUUAGUUUAAUGAAGUAUUUAAAGAAAUUAAAUGCUUUUUCAUUAU